CGUCGUCGUCUUGUCGUCGUCGAUGCGGGUGGAGGAAACUAUGCGCGACCUCGUUGCAUUCUGAGCGGCGAACUUGAAGUGACUUUUUUUUUUAUUCUCGUGUGCACGCGUGCGCGACUCUCUAAGAUGUGACUUUCUGGACGCCGAUUCGAGCUCUGAUCGCGUGACCGCGCGCGCGACGCAUUGGUGUUUUAUCUUUUUUUUUGUUCUUUCGUUUUUAAAAGAAAUUAGUAGUAGUCACUUUUGUGCCUUGAACGUUUUUCCGUGACCUUGGACUUGGAGGAUUUCCCGGAUUAAUCGCGGAGGAGACAAAUUUCCUGGUGAGUGCAUCCUCACAUACAUGGAGUUUCAGUUGGAUAGCGCAGAAUAUUGCCAGGCUCAACACAAAUAGAGAGACACGCCCUGAUAAUUAGACACUUAAAGGGAGAGAGCGAGAGAGUGAGAAAGAGAGAGAGAGGGAGAGAGUGGAAGGAUAGAAACAUCUCGGAGAAGGAAGAGGAUUUAAAAAAAAAAAAAAAAAAUUAUCACCAGGGAAGCCAGAAAAAAAAUCAUCAACUAGUCAUCACGCAAGACAUAGAAGAAUUUAAUAGAAAUUUAUUAAUUUACAUUAGUAAAUGCAAGCAUCGUAGAGUUACUGAGCGCACCUGUCAUAGGAGCACCCAGUGCCAAAUAGGUAAUCUUCCGCGAAUUGUAGUCUAAAGGUCUCAAGUGGAAAGGAUAAAGCGCAUAUCAACACCGCCUAAUGUAACGUAGCCCUUACCCUUUCGGCGAAGUUCGCACCUUAACAACCCUUCCUAAGGUCUACAUGUAAACCCACGGUUCUGUCCUCUGUAAAAAAAUAAGGGAUAUUCUAUUAGUUAAAUGAGAAACAAUCUUAUAAGACUGACAUUUAAUGGGCUAAGUUGUCAAAUCCAGCCUUUGUCGCUUCGUAUAGUGUGGCAUUUGCGCGAGAUACUCUAAAGAGACAAAUUUGCAAGAUCUUUAAGAGUUAAAAACAAAAGGUAAAGAAUAUUAAAAACAAAAGAAAAGAAAAGAACGAAAAAAGGUGGUAGAGAUAAAUACAAUUCACAUCUCUGUGUGUGGUUAAUAAGGAGAUGAGCAAUAUGAGGGUGAAGGACAUUAGACCGGCGCCCGCCGAAAUUGAAUACAAGAACAUGAAGUUCCUCAUUACUGAUCGGCCGAAUGAUCAAACCAUCCAUACCUUUAUUCAAGAAUUGAAAAAGCACAAUGUAAAGGAUGUGGUGAGAGUUUGCGAACCAACGUACAAAGUCGAUGAACUCAAGCAAGAAGGGAUCAAUGUAAUAGAUUUGGUGUUCGAUGACGGUACAUUUCCACCAAACGAGGUGGUGGACGAAUGGUUCGAGUUGCUGAAACAUCGAUUCCGGGAAUCGCCUGACGCAUGUGUGGCUGUACAUUGUGUCGCGGGUCUCGGUAGAGCACCGGUUUUGGUUGCGAUAGCUCUCAUUGAGCUCGGACUUAAGUUCGAAGAUGCUGUUGGCCUUAUCAGAGAAAAAAGACGAGGCGCUAUUAAUGCGAAGCAGUUGACUUUUCUCGAGAAAUAUCGUCCCAAGUCUCGAUUGAAGCUCAAAAAUGGACAGAAAAACUCCUGCUGCGUCCAAUAGAUCAAAGAAAAAAGUUUUGAGGAAAGAGAAAACGAAAAACGAUGAUUAAAAUACAUACUGAAUUGUAUAAAUGUGUAGGUUUUCGCGCCUGACAGCAAGUGUAUUCUUACAAAUCUGUUCUGAAUGGCCUAUCAAUGGAAAUGCAACCCGUGAUAAAAAAAAAAAAAAAAACAAAAACAAAAAAAAUUAUAUCAAACUGACUUUGCGAGGGACGUUCUUUAACGCUUGAUUUUGUAUUCUGAUACGAUCCCGUCGGCAAGAGAAAAAAACAUUUGCUCCGAAACUGCUGGUGUUUCCUUUUAUGAAAAUAUUUUGUAUAUUUAUUUUUGAUACUUAUUCAAAUACACUACACCAUGAUUAAUACAAAAAUAUGAUAGGAGAACUGUUAUAAUUGAAAUACUUGCAAUAAAGUACAUUAUUGCCAUUCAGUCUCGUGAUGAUUGAUUUGUAAUUUGAUGUCGUAUCGAAUUUUUAUUAUUUACGUGCGCUAAACGUACGUUAUGAUGUAUUGCGACAUUUUCUCUUGAUAAAAUUUUGUAUGAUACAAUUUUAGUUGAUAAUUUAUGUAAUUGAAUUUAUGUAGAAAAAUUUUUUAGACGUAACACAUGCAGAGGAUAUUUAGUCGUCGUCGUCUUUAUCGAUCUCUGUUCUUCUCGAUUUAUUGGAAGUAGCAAAUUGAGUUUUAUAUAAAAUUUUUAGCGAGAGAAAGGACGAUGAAUAGAAUUAGAGUAAAAUGUAAAUCGUCUUUCUUUUUUUUUUUUUUUUUCUAGAAGUUUUACAUAUACAUUUUGAAAGAUUGUUGCUAAAUCUGCAUUAAGUUAUCGCAUUACACACACUUCAAGGUAGAAUAUAAAAUCGUUAGACUAUAUAGGGAAAAGAAAUAAUACGUUUACAAAGAGAACAACUACAGAGAGAGAGAGAGAUUUCUGUAUAGAAAGACAAAUGUUGUAAAGAGUUGUAUCUAAAUCGAAAAAAGAACCACAAUCUGCCUUGAAUAAUUAAAUGUAUUAUUCUUAAAAAAAAAAAACAAAAAAACUUGAAGAUUUUAUAUACACAUUUUUCGUAGCGCAUAAUUGGAACAAGAAAAAAAAGAACGAUAUUUUUUUCAAAAUAGUUUCUUCUAUAUUGAUAUAUUUCGGGAUAGUACGGUAAAGUAUUAUCGUUUUUAUCGAUGAGAAAGACAUGUGGGUGUGUAUGUGUAUUAAACAUCACAGCUACAUAAAACAUGACAACAAUUUAAUAACGAGGAUGUGUCUUUUUGACAUUUUUUACUUAUGAAGAAUGAAAGAAAAAAAAACAAAAAAAAACAGCACAUAUGCUGCGUUGCAUUUCCAAUGGCAUGCCGAAUUGCUGAUGGAUGUUCUUAACUCUUAUUGGACUUGGAAUUUGGCAUUAAUUUGAAUGAUAUAGAUAAUGAGAAACUAAUGUGAAGUAUAUAAAAUCUCUCCAGAGCGCUGUAUAUCACGUUUAUCAUAGCCCAGCGACAAUUUCACCAGAGAAAAAAGAAACAUCUUUUUGCAUAUCUUUUAGUCAAAAAAAAAAAAAAAAAAAAAAAAAA